GACUGGGUCCUGAUGGGCAGUUUGUGGCUCGUUGACUUUGAACAGCUGACGGAGGCUCGCGACUCUCUGAUGGCCUCACGCGCACGCUGUGUUUUAUUUACUUAAAACUUAAAAAACAAAAAAAAACAAAACAAAACUUAAAAACAUGAAUCUCGUCAGAUCUCGGCUUUCCAUCGGCAACCUGAUCGGUCAGCGGUGCAGACAGGUCACUGAAACAUGGAGCCACAGAGGGAUGUGCAGUAAACCACCGGAGGCCAAAGCAGAGCCGCCUACACCUCCAGCACAAGCACCACGUGCUGCUUUCAGAAUCCCAGGCCAAAGUCCCUCAAACUUCGACAAGAAGAUGCUGGUGUGGUCAGGACGCUUUAAGACAGUGGACCAGAUACCAGAGCUUGUGUCGUUUGAGAUGAUUGAUGCUGCCAGAAACAAAGUCAGAGUGAAAGUCUGCUAUGUGAUGAUAGCCAUCACAGUGGCGUCCUGUCUGGUGAUGGUCAUCCUGGGCAAACGGGCUGCCGGCAGGCACGAGUCCCUGACUGGGCAGAACAUGGAGAGGAAGGCUAGAUGGAGGCAGGAAGCAGAGAAAGAGGCUGCUCUUGCUCUGUCUCAAAAGGGUCAAUGAUGGAGGAUAAACAGUCCCUACACAACCAGUCACUUUCCCCAAUCGUGUCGCUGUAUGUGUUACAACUUUAGAGCGCUCCUCUCCGAUCCUACAAGAGUAAAUCAAAAGACGUCAGAGCAGUUGAUACUGCAACCUGGGGAUUGACCGUAACACGCAGAUAUUGAUUAUUUAAUCGUUUUGAAACCCUGUGUAAAGUUUUAUCUUUUCACUGGAUGUAUCAAGGUUUUAAACCGGCACUGGAGACGUUUGGUUACGAGUGACACCAGAGUUUAGGAGUAAUCAAAGUUUUAGGAUUUUUAUAGCACAUUCUAUUUACUACACCGCAAAAGACAAGAAUCAUCUUUUGAACAGACAGAUUUUCAUUUCACGUUGGGAUUAAUAAAGUUCUCCAUCAUCUGCUUCUAAAUAAACCUUUAACACAUACCUCUCCAACAGAAACACCUUAGACAACGCUCUAUUUUGAAAUAUGCCUCCGAGGCUUUUGCAUUUAUCCGCCUUGUGAACGUUUCAAGCAAUCUCCCGUUUUCUUUAGGAGAACAUCAAGUGGCAUCAGGCUUGAUCCAUAUGCACAAUGGUCUGACCAGUCCUGAUACUCCUGGGCUGGUUUGUUCAAAACUGAUGUGACCUCUAUGUCUGUAGAUAAUGAGCAUCACAGAACAUCCAAUUCAAUAAAGUAACGCUUCUUGAAAA